AUGGCGUGUCCACCGCACGCGAUCGUCAUCCCCUACCCGGCACAGGGCCACGUCAUCCCGCUCAUGGAGGUCGCGCACGCGCUGGCCGACAGGGGCUUCAACGUCACCUUCGUCAACACCGAGUUCAACCACGCUCGUGUCGUCGCCUCCAUGUCGAACGGCGCCGGCAGCGGCCUGGGCCGGAUCCGGCUCGUGGCGGUGCCGGAUGGCAUGGCCCCCGGGGAGGACCGGAACCAGCUGGUGAAGUUGACCAUACUCAUGGCGGGGUUCAUGGCGCCGCGGGUGGAGGAGCUCAUUCUCCGGAGCGGCGAGGCGGCGGUGCUGGACGGCGCGUGCCCGGGCAAGAUCACCUGCAUGGUCACGGACUACAACGUCGGGUAUUGGGCGGUGGACAUUGCUCGGAGGACCGGGAUCCGGGUGGGGGCCGUUUGGCCGGCGUCAGCCGCCGUCAUGGUCACCUUGCUGAGCUUUCCUAAGCUGAUUGAGGACAACAUCAUCGAUGCGGAAGAUGGGUCUACAGUGGGUGAAGGAACAUUCCAGCUGAGCCCCGACAUGCCUCUCAUGCACAGCGCCCACCUCGCAUGGAACUGCAUCGGCGACCACGACCAGCAGGCGACCCUCUACCGGCUCCUUUGUGACGGCGUCCGCGCAAUGGAGCAGUGCGACUUCGUCAUCUGCAACUCCUUCCAGGACGCGGAGCCGGCAUCUUUCAAACUCUUCCCCAACGUCCUCCCCGUUGGCCCGCUCCUCACCGGCGAGCGCAGCGGCAAGGCCGUCGGCCACUUCUGGCAGCCGGAGGACGACGAGUGCAUGUCCUGGCUCGACGCGCAGCCAGAGAGAUCCGUAGUGUACGUGGCCUUCGGCAGCUUCACCAUGUUUAACCGGCGCCAGUUCGAGGAGCUCGCGUUGGGGCUGGAGCUCUCCGGCAGGCCAUUCCUGUGGGUCGUGCGCCCGGACAUUGGGCACGGCGCAGUGCACGACUACCCGGAAGGCUACCUGGACCGGGUGUGCGGCCCCGGUGGCCAGGGCAAGCUCGUCUCCUGGUCGCCGCAGCAGCGCGUGCUGGCGCACCCCGCGGUGGCGUGCUUCGUGUCGCACUGCGGGUGGAACUCCACCAUGGAGGGCGUUCGGAACGGCGUGCCGUUCCUCGCCUGGCCCUACUUCGCCGACCAGUUCGUCAACCAGGUGUACAUCUCCGAUGUGUGGAAGGUCGGCCUCAAGGCCGUCGCCAACGAGUCGGGAGUCAUAACCAAGGAGCACAUCGCCGGCAGGGUGGAGGAGCUGAUGGGGGACCCCGGCAUGAGGGAGAGGGUGGAGGCCAUGAAGAAGGGCGCACACGAGAGCAUUCAGGAAGGUGGCUCCUCGCAUGGAAACUUCGAUGCUUUUGCGGAGGCCAUGAAGAAUGCAGCGCCUGAGAGUGUUCAGGACGGGGGCUCCUCACAUGGAAACUUCCACUCUCUUGCGGAGGGUAUGAAGGCAUGA